AUGCAUGGGCGAGAGAGCAGCUGCAGCUGUGACGAGCCUGCGGAGCUGCAGCAGGUGGAAGGCGGAGCAACAGCAGCAGCAAAGAAGAAUGGUGGUGGUGGAUAUGGCAUGGACAGAGCCGACAUGGUGGGUGGAGGAGGCGGAGGGAGUGGAGGCGGGGGAGGAGAGACAGGAAGAGAUGGUGCGACUUCACUUGGUGGUGGUGGGGAGGCAGACGAUCAGAGGGUGUUGGCUCAGCCGCCACUCCAUAUUCUGCAGUCCGUGCGACCCGAACCCCUCAACGGCUACAUCGAGCAGGGCCAAGAGGGGUCGGCUGGCGGUAUGGCGCCUGUGAUCCACGGCAUGCUGCUGGCGCAUCCAACGGCUGAGACGCCUCAGGAGCUGGAGUGGGACGAUCUGAUUGGUCGGAUCGAGGCGGAGAUUGAGAAGCCCCAGGCGAGCUCGUGUGUGGAUGGCGAGUCAUCUUCAAUCGCGAGGCAGGACAGCCAGAUAGGCAGGCAAGGGCGCGGCGAAGCGGGUGGUGCAGAGGAAGCAACAAGCCAACAGGAGUCACCCUGUGACAAGAUUCUAGGCAUCUCAAGCCAACUCAGCCUCCCUUCUGGCUUCUCUGUGCUUCUGUCUCUCGCCGCGGCCUCCUCCGUGCCAUGCAAUGCAGAGGCAGGCAAGGGCAAGGCGAGGCGGGUGGUGCAGAGGAAGCGGCCGGCCAACAGCACGUCCAAGUUCCGAGGGGUGACGCAUCACUGCCGCACGGGGCGAUGGGAGGCGCACAUCUGGAAGCGGCCGGCCAACAGCACGUCCAAGUUCCGAGGGGUGACACACUACUGCCGCACCGGGCGGUGGGAGGCUCACGUCUGGGAGGAGGGGCGGCAGGUGUAUCUGGGAGGAUUUGAUUCUGAAAAACAGGCAGCGCUGAUGUAUGACAUAGCAGCACUCAAGAUGAGAUUCGGUUCUGAGAAGCAGGCAGCACUGAUGUAUGACAUAGCUGCACUCAAGAUGAGGGGCGAGGACGCACAGACGAACCUACCGCCUGAGGAGUAUACCAAAUACACCAAGGAGAUAGGGAUUGACUCAUCUUCCUCUUCGUCCAUCCUUCCCCUAUCCCAUCACCCCUCUUACCGAACCCCACCAGAGGCCGUUCCCAAAGAGGAGCUGAUUCUGCUGCUGCGGCGGCACAGCAAGGGCUUUGCUCGAGGGACGUCCAAGUACCGAGGGGUGACCAAACACCAGAAGGGUCGGUGGGAGGCGAGGAUAGGGCAUGUGGAGGGCAAGCGAUACGACUACCUGGGGCUUUUUGACACACAAGAGCAGGCCGCUAUGGCGUAUGACAGGGCUGCUGUGAGGUUUGCUGGAGGUUUGAGGGAGGGCAAGCGAUAUGACUACCUGGGGUUGUUUGACACGCAGGAGCAAGCUGCUAUGGCGUAUGACAGGGCUGCUGUGAGGCAGAGGGGCCAGCAGGCAGUUACCAACUUUGAUCUGGCCAUGUAUGCAGAUGACAUUCGCGAGUUCAACCUCAUGGCGCAGCGCCUGCAGCAGCAGAGGGCGAUGCAAGCUCACUCCACCGUUCUGCACCACACUACCAGCGCUUUUGAGCCGAGGGUUUUCGACGCACCGCAACACACUACGAGCGCCUUUGAGCCGAGGAUCUUCGACGCGCCGCAACACGCAAGCAGUGGCAUUGAGCCGAGGAGCAGCGGGGUGGAGCAGCACAGGAGGGUGUCUUGUCAGGUGACUGGUCAGGUGAUUUCAACAGAGCAAGCAGUGCUCUCGUAUCUGGUAGCACCGCGCCUUUGCUGUCCCACCGGUCUCUUUCGUCAGGUAGUGUCCUUCUGUCUCCCAGUAACCUUACUGCUGCCACCAACACGCCAGUACCUGCCGCUUCCAAUGCUUUUCACGGCAUCAGCAGCAGUGGAAGCGGAAGUUUCCUGGCAGCUGCUGAUGUCAGCUGCUCGUCCUGGUGGAAUGGGAAUGGACAGAAAGGGGAGUGAAGGAAUGGCUGGAGUUGACCUCUCAGGGUUCACAGGCCGUGGUGGCUUCGCUUCUGCUGGACUUUCAACGUUCACACCACCUGUUUCCAGCCUCACAGCACCUGCAGGGCUGAUAGCACCUGGUGGUAUGGCAGGAGAAGUUGGAGGGAUGGCAGUAGGUGCUCUGCGUGGGCUGUCAUGUCCCUCACAGGUUCUUGUGGCAUCAGCAGCAGUAGCACCAGCAGUACCAGCAGCAGCAGCAGGAGCAGCUGUAGCAGCAGCAGCACCAGCAGCAACGGCAGCUGCUAUGACUGCACCAGCUUCCACAGCUGUUGUUUCUGCUCCCACCGAUCCCAUUUCUGCCCCUCAUCCUUUUUCUCCUGCUCCUGCUACUCCUGUUCCCCCUGCUGUUCUUUCUGCUCCUGCCACUCCUGCUGCUCCUACCGCUCCUGCUUCAUCCCCCCCUCAGUCUGCGUCCCCUGAUGCACCUGCUGCUGUGGCGUUGGCACAUGGGGAGGGCAAGGACUGGUGGAUGGGGCAUAACAACAGCAACGGCAGAUCUGCAGCUUCCCCUUUAGGUUCAUCUCCGUUAGUAGCAUCUCCUUUACAAGGAUCUCCGCUAGGAUCCCCGACUACUGCAGUGCAGGCUGAUGUUUCUGCUUCCGAUGCUGCGGCUUCUGCUGUGGCUGAGUCACAGAGCCAAGCUGUGAAUGACUGUGAGGGCAAUGGGAAGCACCAUGCUGAUUCCCAUGCUGCAGACGGGCGUGCUACAAACGGAUGUGCUACAAACGGAUUUGCGACAAACGGGUGUACCCAUACAGGCAACAGCAAAGGGCAGCAGCAGAGGGUGGACUCACUAGACUCAGCAGAAGUGAAGCACAUUUACGGAGCCAUCACCCCUCUCUUUCAGGGAAACACCGCCGCCCCAUACAGUCACCCGAAUGCCCUCUCGCGCGGCCUUUCUCUCUGCGAUAAGCAGUCGGCGUCAGCUGUUCACCACGCCCUGCUGGACCUCUUUGAUCUGAACAACGACUUAUCGAGGCGAGACCAUGGCUUAUCACGGCCCGAGCACCACUUAUCGCAGCCGCAGCAGGAGCUAGCAAGGGCAGGGAAGAACCUUUCACAGCCAGAGGAGGGUGCCAGUGGUAUCAUGGAGAAUUGUCAACAAACCGCUCCUCCCCAUUCUCCCCCUCUCAUUCCUCCCUUCCCUCCUACUUCUCCAUCAUCGCGACUUGAGCGAUCCAGUACAGUGAGCCUGGAGCUGCUGCUGCAGGAGAAGGUGUGA